AUGUGGUAAAAUUUAAUAUACAGAGGAGCAAAGCAAACAUUGCGAAAGAGCACUCUUAGUGCUUCUUACAUGACCAAGAUGAUAUUUGUUUAGCAAAGAAACAUCAACUUUUCUUCCAUAGGAGCUUUAAAUGUAGAUUAGAAGGUUGAACCAAAAAUUAAAUAAAGAAUGAAUAAUGAAUCAAAAUUAUAACAAAAUUAUGUUCACAAUAAUUCUAAUAAUCAAUCCAAUAGUGUCAAUAAAUAGAGUGAUAUGCCACUUAAUUCUAAAUUUACUGGUUAAAACCAGGAAAAUCAAACAUAAUUCGUUUUGAUAAAGAUGAUGAAUCAGUAACCCAUUAGAGGAAAGUAGUUGAUAGAGGAAUUUAAGAUUUAUAUUAAAAUGGUUGACCCUAAUGAUAAAUCUCUCACUUUAACAGUUGCGAGGAACUUGCUUUAUUUCGCAUAAAUUCUAUUUUUUGAGAAAAGAUAAAAUACAGAGCCUAUGAUUUAAGACUUAUGCAAGAUAAUAGAAUAAGCUCUAGAUUUGAUUUAAUCUGAUAUCUAGCCUCAAAGUUAAGAGGAAUAAAUAGUCAAUUCAGCCUCUGAAAACAAAGAAGAGCUGAAAUAACUAAUAGCCAAAUUCCUCGUUAUGGACGACAGUACUCUAGAAAUCUAAGAGAGAAAAGGAAUUAGAAUGAGCCCAGAUUUAGAAGUGAACUUAGAACCAGAAUUUAGACUAAAUGAAAAGGAAUUUGAAAUGCUAUUUCAUAUUUAGGCUAUUGAGGCUAAAUUUGAUAACCUUUUUACACAUAUUACUAUUUACUAGUAACUCAACUUGAAGGAUUUUUAGGCUAUUUUCGAAUCAGCCUGUUUCGUAUUUGGAGAAUUGACUUACGACAACGAAGUUCUUGAUUACUUCGCUGAUAAUUUACUCAUCAGGUUAGAAAAGGAUAGCGAUCAAGUUUCUACGAAAGCAGUUCAUUCAUUACUUAAGACCUUCUCUGAACUAAGAUCUCCUAGAAAAGAUGUCUUCUAAAAGCUCACAGAUAUAACUAUUGAAAUGAUGGAGAACAAUAAAGGUGACUAGGUCCUAUUCUUUUAUUGUUUAACUAGAAAUGCAAGGAUGAACUAGAAGGAUCUAUUUGAAAAGAUUCUUAGAGCUUGCUUAAAACACAGACAAUUCGAUAGAAUCAAGUAUUAGUAGAAUGUUACAAUCAUAUUGUAGGCCUUCAGCAUGAUGAGAUAUUACGAUAUUAAUGUUUGGACCUCAAUUUUGAAAUAAGCAAAAUAUCAUUACAUGCUAAGUUAACCUACGACAGACUAAUUUUAUAGAUAAAUGGAUAUCGCACUCCAUCUUUUUAAAACUGACAAUCCUAAGUUCUUAGAAGAUCCUAAAAAUCAAGAAUUUGCAGAGUUGUAUAAUGAUGCUAAAAAUUUAGUUAAUUACAAAAUUAUAUAAACGGCAGGAUUACCUACAAUUUCAAGAGCUCAUUGCUUUUAUGUUCAUGUUUUGACUUAACUUGGAUAUUCUGAUUUAAAAGUCGAAUAGAAAGUUAAAUGCUUAACAGCUGAUGUCUUCAUCCCUUCAUUGGACAUGAUAAUAGAAAUUCAUGGGCCAAAUCAUUAUAAAAAUGGAACCUCUAUGCCAAUAGGAUCAGCUACAUAUGUAGAAAGAAUUUUUAGGUAAUAUCACAAGCAUUUUUUGGCUGUCCCAUUUCAAUACUAUAAUAUGUCACUACUCUAUGGUCAAGAUGAAGAUGUUGCUGCUGGAAUGUAAUACAUUUAAAAGCUAAUAGAUGCAGAAUUAUAAAGAGGAAAGCAAUAAGAAGUUUAAAGCUAGGAUAAGUAGAAUAAACUUGAGGGAAAUCAAUGA